AUGAAGAUUGCAGUCUUGCUUGCCAUUCUGCCAGCGGCUUUGGCAUUGCCCGCUGCUCCUCCAACUCCUGGGAAUCUAAACCCUCCUCCACCAUCGCAGCCAGCUCAGGGCCCUCCACCACCUUCUCCAACACCACAGCCUCCUCAACAGGUGCCGCCUCACAUGGCGGUUCGCGAAGCAGCGAAUCCGCCGCCGCCACCGCCUGCUCAGAGCCCACCGCCACCCCCUCCUCCACAAGGGCCUCCUCACUUAAUGGUCCGUGACGCAGCGAGACCUCCACCUCCUCAAGGACCCCCUCCACAGGGACCGCCGGCUCAGAAUCCCCAAAGACCCCCGAACCCGCCACCGCGUGGCAACUAA